GGAGGAAGCCAAGAGAAUUACACUUGAGUGAUGGGAAGGGGAAGGACGAUUUGUUUCGCUGUGGUGGUAAGGGCAGUCCCAGACUUCUGGAGUCCAAGAUAGAAGCCGAGUUAAACUACGUUCUUUUCUUCUGCGUCGCGUCUUGUCUUCCAGGGCAUUCUUUGCGCGCUCCGCUGGAUUUACAGGAAGUGGGAGCCGCGCUUUGGCUUUAAGCUGGGUCGGAACACCCCCUUGUCCAGCUCCCCACUGAGCUCCGUUCUAAGGCACGGGGUCUCUGCCCUCCUGGGCUCGGGCGUUGAGGAGCAGACUGGUAGGAGUGACUUCCGUUCCGGAGGCUCAGCGGCAAGCUGGAGGGACGUUGGGUGGAAAAGGACGCGUUAGACAAAUCUAAUUCAUUCCCUCUGACCGAGUCCCCGCAACAGAGACACUUUUCUGAAUAAAGAAACUUUCUCUGUUCUGCGGGAGAGAUUUGUGAGAGCAAGACUUGUGAAGCUUUACAGAGGAUUAUAGUUCAUCAAAGUGCUGUGAAGGAGAAAUGAAGAACCUUUACCUGAAGACGUUUAAGUACUGUGCCGUCAGAUACGACUGAUUCUCAGUCAUAAACGGCUGGAGUGUGUCUCAGGGAUUGUCUGACUCCUGCCUCCACCGCUUUCUCCUUGAUGUCGAAGGAGAAGAACCAUAUUAUGAAUAUCCCUUAACUAGUGCCCUGACCAGGGAUCGAACCUGCAAGCUUUUCUGACACGAUGAGAUCAAGAAACAAAGAAGUUCAAUGUCACUGCUACACCCCAGAGGGCUCCCUCACCCCACCUCCAGUCGGUGUCCUCUGGUCACCACAGACUUGUUCCCUGACCUUGAAGUCCACCUAAUGAAGUGGCUUCUCUUACUUACCAUCAUGUUGAGAGAGGAAGGGAGAAAGGAAGGGAGUGGAAGAAACAUUGAUUUGUUGCCUCCCUGCACACGCCCGGACUGGGGAUUAAAGUGGCAACCUAGGAAUGUGCCCUGACUGGGAGUCGAACCUGUAACCCUUCAGCUAUGGGAGGAUACCCAACUGAGCCACACUGGUCAGGCUUCCUCCUGGGUAAAUCUGGUCCUGUGCGUGGAGUAAGUUUUCUGCCCGGAAGGUUGAAGCAGUGACCCUCUGUGUGGUUCUGGGAGAAGGGUCAGACAGCUUGGCUGCUGUGAUGCUUCCUGUUGAGUCAUCUGGACAAGGGGAAAGUACUAGAGUUACCACAGAGGGAAGGGUGAGAUAAACUCCCUCUGGAUGAUUUCAGAAGUCUGAUUACUUAGUUACAACUGGGAUAAGGUAAAUGGUCGAAUAACUAGAGAAGUUCUACAAGCCACUUGUAAAGUUAAGCUCUUAUUCUGCUGCCGAACCAUAUUCCCACGGGUUUCCAAAACCUGGGAAACAAGCAGCCGCGGCAUCUCCAGGGCAGGCCCCUUCUCCCCGAGAAUUUCCCCCUUGAGCUUCUAUGACAUUGCCUGGUUACUCACCCUGCAGAUUCCUCAGGAUUGGCUGGGACUGCAAAUAAAACACUGUUUAUCCACAAUCAAGCUGAUAAGCUACAACAUUAAGUACACACAGUGCCUCUUAGAAUAUAAUAUAAAGCACGUGCUCUCUUCUUCCCUCCUAACAUUUUCAUGCUGGAGAGGAAACCUGGAGAGCGACAUUGACUCUGGACAACAAUUUAUUAAGGGGAAAAAAGCCUAAAAUGGGUCUGUUGGGUUCUAAAAACCCUGAAGUCAAGCAAGCCCAAAUUCUUCUUCUGGGACUUGACUCUGCUGGGAAGUCAACUCUCCUUUACAAACUCAAGCUUGCGGAGGACACUGUGACCCUCCCAACUGUUGGUUUCAACGUGGAGAUGAUCGAGCUGGACAAGAGGCUGCCACUCACGGUCUGGGAUGUGGGAGGACAGAAGGAAAUGAGAACCAUGUGGAGCUGUUACUGUGAGCGCACCGAUGGGCUGCUGUAUGUGGUGGACAGUGCGGACAAACAGCGACUGCAAGACUCCCGGAGAGAGUUUGAGCGCAUCUUGAAAAAUGAACACAUUAAACAUGUGCCCGUUGUUCUAUUAGCCAACAAACAGGAUGUGCCUGGAGCGCUGACUGCCGAGGACAUCACCAGAAUGUUUAGGGUGAAGAAGCUCUGCUGCGACCGCAACUGGUACGUGCAGCCCUGCUGCGCCCUCACCGGGGAGGGGCUGGCGCAGGGGAUCGGGAGACUCACCGAGUUCGUGAGAAGCCACAGGAAAUCGAGAGCAGACACGUUAGCGUUCUUCAAGCAGAACUGAAGUCUGAGCAGUGAAAGACGAGGUUGAAAAGGUUGCUGUCGCCAUCGGAAGACUGUGUGAAAAAUGCGACGGCAAGUGUGUGACCGGCGGCUCCUUGGCUGUGCCUCUGGGAUGAGAGUAACUGUGGCUCCUACCAGGGGCGCCGUGUGAUCGGUGGCAGCCCCGGGGUCUCCGAAGCCUAUGACUGUAAGGAGCCCACCACUGAAAUGGCUGCCCAAAGACUGCGAAUCUGGGAGUCCUAAGGUCAUUGGUGGGCGGCCUCUUCUUUCCAUCUACCGACCACAGAAGGAUGGAGCGCAGGGCCUCACCCACAUUACCUGUUAGUACACAGGCACCUCUCCACCUCACCUCUCCUCCCGCCUGGAUCGUGUGGUGGAACGAAAAGGUUCUUCACAGAGCACUCGGGCAGACUGUGUCAGAAAAAUGGCCACUUGGUUCAUGGCUUUUCUGGAAGUCAAGAAGCGGGACUCUGCGUUCCCCAUUGACAGGUUCCCUCUACACCAAGAGCUUCUACAACAGGAAGGUUAUCGUUUCAGGCUUCUCUCCGAAGGGUCAGCUGCAGAGUGCUCUCACCUAGGCUCCAACAGCAGUUGUCCUUGAUGGGCCAUUUGCAGUGUGGCAGGGAGCUCUCAGAACAAUACACACGGGCAUUUAAUCUUGUAACACUUUGCUGGCGUGUGCUACUUUUCUUCUAAGAAAUCGGAAACCCCCCUGGGUGGCGUGGCUCAGUGGACCAAAAGGUUGCUGGUUUGAUUCCCGGUCAGGACACAUGCCUGGGUUGUGGGCUGGGUCUCCAGUUGGGGGCGUGCAAGAGGCAACCAAUUGAUGUUUGUCUCCCUCUCCCUCCUUUACCCUCUCUCUAAAAAUGAAGAAAUAAAAUUUUA